AUGUUGAAAAUGUGGGACAAAGUCCUUCGAGACAAUGUUCAGAACCGGGGUACACUUCCCAACAAGUUUGUAACAGUUGCAUCUUCUCAUGGCCAGUCUUGUAAGACCUUGGGAAUCCAAAAGUCCUCCAUCUCGACAACCACAACCUAUUAUCACAUUUAUGGAGGAAAGAAAGAGAAAAUAAAGGCAACAUGGGUGCCCAAGAGUAAAGCUGAGGAGGCAACCAAAUUAGCUAUUGAUGCUGGGUUUCGUCAUAUCGAUUCAGCUUACGUGUACAAAAAUGAAGAGGAAGUUGGACGAGCCAUCCGAAGCAAGAUUGCUGAUGGGGUUGUGAAGAGAGAAGACAUAUUUUACACUUCAAAGCUUUGGAUAACUUUCCUACGACCAGAUUUGGUUCGGCCAGCGUUGGAAAAGUCACUGAAAAAACUUCAGCUGCACUAUGUUGAUCUCUACCUUAUCCAUUUGCCAAUUGCUCUGAAGCCAGGGGAGGAGAUACUUCCAAAAGAUGAACAUGGAAAAUUAAUGUUUGACACAGUCGAUCUCUGUGCCACAUGGGAGGCUCUGGAGAAGUGUAAGGAUGCAGGAUUGGCCAAGUCCAUUGGGGUGUCCAACUUUAACCACAGGCAGAUAGAAAUGAUCCUGAACAAGCCAGGGCUCAAGUACAAGCCUGUCUGCAACCAGGUGGAAUGUCACCCUUAUCUCAACCAGAGCAAGCUGCUGGAUUUCUGCAAGUCUAAAGAUAUUGUUCUGGUUGCCUACAGUGCUCUGGGAUCCAACCAAGAUAAAGACUGGGUAGACCAGAGCAUCCCUGUUCUCUUGGAUGAUCCAGUUCUUAGUGCCCUGGCCAAAAAGCACAAGCGAACCCCAGCCCUGAUUGCCCUUCGUUAUCAGCUACAGCGUGGGGUUGUGGUCCUGGUCAAGAGUUAUAAUGAGAAGAGGAUCAAAGAAAACAUGCAGGUUUUUGAAUUCCAGUUGACUUCAGAGGACAUGAAAGUCCUUGAUGGCCUAAACCAAAAUGCUCGCUAUAAUCCUGUUAUAUUUGCUGCUGACCACCCUGAUUAUCCAUAUUCUGAAGAAUAUUAA